GCUCCGGCCCGAAAGAUCCGCAAAUUUCGUCCCAAACGAACCCCAAGUUGGAAAUUUCGCUCAAUACGUGGCCGACUGCCAUUUUUGGAUUCGUUAACGAACCUCCACGACAGAGCCCAUGCCCAUCUUUUCCUUCUACUAGCUUUCAAAAUGCGUAUACUAUACCUUUGGUAUCUUAUUUCUCUAUUUUCCCUUCUUCCCUCGGCAUUCGGGUCCGUACUCGCCAUCGACUACGGCACGGAAUGGAUCAAGGCUUCGUUGAUGAAGCCAGGGUUGCCGUUCGACGUGUUGCUGAACAAGGACUCGAAAAGAAAGAUACAGUCGGUCGUGGCAUGGAAGAAGGAUGAUAGGUUAUUUGGCACGGACGCCUUUAACCUGGCGUCACGAUUUCCUUCUGAUUCAUUUUCGUCAUUAAAACUUCUCCAAGCCGUACCAUUCCAGUCGGACGCCGUAUCCUACUAUACUACCAUCUCCACCGCUGACGUUGUCGAAACAUCGCGCAAGACUGUCGCUCUCCGGCAGAGCGAUGGAACCGAAUGGAGUGUCGAAGAGCUCAUUGCGAUGCAAUUAUCCUACAUCAAAUCUCUCGCUGAGACGCUUGGUGAGGAAAAAAUCUCCGAUGUUAUUGUCACCGUCCCGCCCUACUUCACCCAGUUCGAACGGGACGCCGUUGCAGACGCCAUCGAGAUAUCAGGCCUACGGACGCUUGCCCUCAUCAAUGACGGAACAGCUGUCGCGGUGAAUUAUGCCAUGACGCGCACCUUUCCCAAGCAGGAAUACCACAUCAUCUAUGAUGCUGGUGCUUCGUCUGUUCGCGCCACCGUCGUGUCGUUCAGCACUGAUUCAUCAUUGAAGAGUGAUACACCAGCGACGCACAUUGCUGUUGCGGGUGUGGGCUAUGACCGCACAGUCGGUGGUACAGAGUUGGACCGCCGGUUAAGGGAACUGCUGGUUAACGAGUUUGUGAGCAAGCAUAAGAGGGACAUACGCCAGGACAAGCGGGGCAUGGCGAAGCUGUGGAAGGAGGCGAGUCGCGUCAAGGCCAUCCUCAGCGCGAAUACCGAUGCUGUUGCGUCUGUGGAGAGUGUAGCCUUUGAUAUCGACUUCCGGACAAAGGUUACUAGGGCGUCGUUCGAGGCUGCUUGUGCGGACUUAAAGGGAAAGUACACCCAGCCAAUAUACGAUGCGUUGACAAAGGCAGGGCUUAGUCUGAAUGAUAUCACGUCUGUCAUAUUGACGGGAGGGAGUACGCGUACGCCCAUGAUCCAAGCUGCCGUGAAAGCUGCUGUUGGAGAUGACAAAAUUUCUCUCAAUGUCAACGCUGAUGAAGCUGCCGUGUUGGGUGCUGGUCUUCACGGCGCCAGCCUCAGUCGUCAAUUCAAAACGAAGAAUAUCAAGGUCCAGGACAUUGGUGUUCACGAUAUACAAGCGGCUUAUUUUGCCGCACCAGCAUCUUCCAACGCCAAGCCUCGUAGCAUAUCUACCACAAUAUUCCCAGCUGGAUCCAAGACGGGUUCCAAGAAGACAUUGACUUUGAAGCGGAAGGAGGAUUUCGAUAUAUACCUGGACUAUAAGACUGCACCUGCUCCAGGCUUCCCUACUCGCAUACUGGAAGUGGAAGUGUCGGGCGUCGCUGAAGCUAUUGGUAAUCUUACUGAGCGUGGCGCCAUCGACCCUGUGGUUAAGGCUACUCUGAUGCUUUCGGAAUCUGGAUUUGUUUCUGUCACCGAAGCAGUGGCCUUUGGGGAAAUAAAGGACGAGUCUAUCGCAGGAAAGCUGAAAGGUCUCUUCGGAGCCGGUAGCUCAUCGUCGUCCGACGCAGAGACGGAGACUGAAAGUGCCGCUGAAGCUCCCUCAGUCUCUGAGGCUGCACCUUCUACAUCGGCAGCACCCGAAGCGAAGGCUGAGAAAGUGGAUCUGAAAGAUUUGACGACCAUUCCUCUGAACCUGACUGUGCACUUCACAUCUAUACCUCCGAUGACUGUUGAAGAGAAACGGGUGGCUCGUCGAAGGUUAAGAGAAGUCGAUGUGGACGAGGCCGCGAAGAACCGCAAAGAGGAGGCCAGAAACACGCUAGAGAGUUACUUGUACAAACUAAGAGAUCUCCUUGACCCCGAGAACCGCGAUACGCCCUUCAAGGAGUGCUCACAAGACUCAGAGCGCGCCGCUAUCGCAGAAAAGCUGGAGGAGACGAUAACGUGGCUUCACGAUAAAGGUGAUGUCUCUGAAACGUCACAGUUCUUGGACAAGCGUAUAGCUUUAGAGACCCUAGAGAGGCCUAUCGUGCAUCGCUACACUGAAAUUGCCAACUUCCCUCAAGCACUAAACAACAGUCAGAUGUGGAACUGGAGCACACGACUGUUCCUCACAGAGGCGAGACAGAAUCUCACAAGGGAACUUGCGGAAGAUCUUCCGUCAAAAUGGACCAAGGAGGAACUAGAUGCACUAGAGAAGACGCUGAAGGAGCAUGAGACGUGGCUGAACACAUGGGUGGAGAAACAAAAAUCGGUCAAACUAAACGAGGAUCCGGUGAUCGAGACGACCGAGAUGAAGGCAAGAGCAAAGGUGCUAGAGCAGCAUUUGCAAAAGCUGUGGAAGAGAAAGGUGCCAAGACCGAGGAAGACGGCGACGACGACAGCUGAGAAGGUGGAAGCGACGGUGAAGGAGGAGGUUAAGGAGGACGAGUCGAUACCACGGACUGAUGAACAGCGGGUGCCGUUACAACCACCGGAAGAAAUACGAGAUGAACUGUAAUUUGGUAGAUGAUACUUAUCCAAUACCAGUAUACUUAGAGGCGCUAAUUAUUUCACUGAACGGUAACCAUCUAUGAAAUUAUGCAUCGGAUGAGGUUAAGU